UCCAUGGCAACGCGGUUGGCUCGAUGGCAACUCGGUUGGCUCCAUGCCAACUCGGUUGGCUCCAUGGCAACUCGGUUGGCUCCGUGGCAACUCGGUUGGCGUCAACACCACUUGGCCAUAGUAGAGUCUGCUGCUCCACCUCACCAAUGCUGCCACACGUCUGAUUCCAGCUAAGUUACUCUGCUCCUAGUUCCCUUUGCCCCCUUCCCUUGCUCGCCCCUGCAUUCUCAGUUUCUUGUGCGCUUUUUUCACUUUAAACUCUCUGCUUUAUGCACUUGAGCUCUCUGCCUUCUUGUAUCCCCUCCGUUUUUCUUCCCUGCAGCCACUUUUUCCCCGCCACCUCCCACCCUCUAACCCCCCUUGACCCCCUUGCAGUUCACUCAGCAGCAGCUGCGCACUUUCAAGACAGCAGCAGCUUGCACCAGCAGCUGUAGCGGGGGCAGGAUAGCUAGCUAACGGGCAGGAUUCCUAGGCCCGAGUGAGGUUAGGUAUGUGGUACAGUGAGUAUCAGGUUUGGUAAGGUUCGGUACGGUAUGUGCAUGGUGACUCAUCUUUCUCCUCUUCCCCCUUAUGUCCGCAGCUUCUUAUGGUGCUGGAUUCUUGGAGCAAGAGGAAGGCGAGCUGUAAGGGCAGCACUCAGCCUCAUCCCCCUUCUUCCCUUCUUCCUGUCCCCCUCCCAGAGAUCAGAGAAACGGAGCAGGGGCUGGCAGCAGAACGGCGUCGCACACUAACCACUCCCCCUCCCUUCCCAGCAGCCUUUGUCACUAAAGUGCUCCGCUCGGCUCUGUCGGUGCUCAAGUAACGAACCUGCGCGUUAAAGCACAAUAGGCCCUGUCAGAGCCGUGCCGGCCGGCUCUGAUUCGGGCAAGCUCAUGCUACGCCAGGAGGUGGAUUUGAGUCUUGGGCCAGUUCGUGCUUUUCCCCUUGCCACACCUCUCACUGCGAGGCAGAGCCACUCUGGGUGUUGUUUCCGACAGGGAGUGGGCUGCGUGCUGCUCCUUCCGCUGGGAAAAAUGUGCAUCCUUGGCUGAAUAACUAACAUGGCGCACUCAUGGUGAAAUCAUUGCCUGGGGCAUGCUCGCAUGCAGGAUGGAUGAAGAGACGUAUGGAUGUGGGAUCUGUUACAAAUGUAUAACUUGCGUGGUUAGCUGCUUUUCCCCUAGCAUGCGCCACCACAUAUUUGAUUGGUUCAGUACUCUUGGGGGAAAGGCGUGUGGUAUACUUUGUGUUAAUAAAUAUGGCGAAUUGGU